GCGAAGACGAGCGGCGAGAAAGAGCGAAGAUGCCGUGCCUCAUCCUCUCCACCAACGUCAGCCUCGACGGCGUCGACACCUCGGUCAUCUUCUCCGAGGUCACCAAGGCCGUCGCUAAGAUCAUGGGCAAGCCCGAAGCCUACGUGAUGGUGGUGCUGAAGGCUUCGGUUCCCAUUUCCUUCGGCGGAUCGGAGCAGCCCGCUGCGUACGGGGAGCUCGUCUCCGUCGGCUUCCUGAGCCCCGACGUCAACAAGAAUCUGAGCGCCGCCGUGUCCUCCGUCCUCGAGACCAAGUUGUCCGUCCCCAAAUCCCGCUUCUUCCUCAAAUUCUACGACAGCGAGGGCGCCAACAUGGGGUGGAACGGAACCACCUUCUAGAUCUUGAGCGGCAUUGAUGCAUAUGAUUUAACACGGUUUCUGUUCAGCUGCUACGAUCUUGAUAAGUAUGGCGUUUACUUUGAUUUAUCAGUAUGAAAUAAAAAAGAAUGUUCUGUAUCCGUUUGAUUUCUAUUCAUGCAUUAUUUUGCAUGAAGCAAUGCAGAGUAUACGGAAAUGGCUCAUUAAUUAUCA